GACUGGUGUUUUAUUUACGGUCGGCUCACUCCAACUUCUGUGCUCACCAUGUCUAGUAAAGAGGGUGGAGAGCAAAUGGACAUUGAAAUCCCCAUGGAAGAAGGGGAACCACUUGGAGCGACACCUAACGAUAAGCUUAUUAUUACUAAAAUACAAGGCGGUACCAUUUCUGAAGGUAAAUUGAAGGUUGGCGAUCAAAUUCUCAAAGUGAAUGGACAGCCAAUUUCUGAUCAAAACAAUUUUUUUAAAGCACUUCGCUUUGCUCCACCAGUAGCGGUACUCACCAUAAUAAGGGAUCAGAAGAAAGCUGAAGAGCUUGAGGCUCGCUUUAGAAUUCCUGAGGAGCGCGCAAAGUUCAUUCAAAGACGGGAUGGCUUCCAGUACUUUUUGGCAAAACUGGUAUGGGUGCCACAUGGACCGAAACUUGGUCUCGGUAUCAAGCACUUCCAGAAUCGCGUACUUGUCUCACGUAGUGAUCCCGGCUCAUUGUCGGCUACUCAACUACAGGUUGGCGACCAUAUUAUCGAUAUAGAUGGUGUACCUGUGACCGAUAAGGAUGUCGCCAGAGAUUUGUUAAUCAAAUCACUGCAGGAAAAGAAAGAGGUAACAUCUGUGGUCGAAAGACCAGAGUCAAUGGAAGCGAAACAUUGGACGCAACAGGCUCUUGUCACUCAGGUCUGUCAACCGCCAUCUGUUCAAAUGAAUUCCGAUGUCCGUGCAAUCCUGGCUCGUGAACGUGCCAGAGUCAAGGAACCAAAGCCGGGAAAGAGCGAAGCUCAGCAAAUGGAUAUAGAGAUACCAAUGGAAGAAGGAGAACCACUUGGAGCCACACCUAACGAUAAGCUUAUUAUUACUAAAAUACAAGGCGGUACCAUUUCCGAAGGCAAACUGAAGGUUGGCGAUCAAAUUCUCAAAGUAAACGGACAACCGAUCUCUGAUCAGAACAAUUUCUUUAAAGCACUUCGUUUUGCUCCACCUGUAGCGGUACUCACUAUAAUUAGGGACCAGAAGAAAGCUGAAGAGCUUGAGGCUCGCUUCAGAAUUCCUGAGGAGCGUGCAAAGUUCAUCCACAGACGAGAUGGAUUCACGUACUUUUUGGCGAAAUUGGUAUGGGUGCCACAUGGACCAAAACUUGGUCUCGGUAUCAAGCACUUCCAGAAUCGCGUACUUGUCUCACGUUGUGAUCCUGGCUCAUUGUCAGCUACUCAACUAGAGGUAGGCGACCAUAUCAUCGAUAUUGAUGGAGUGCCUGUGACCGAUAAGGAUGUGGCCAGGGAUCUGUUAAUCAAAUCACUGCAGGAGAAAAAAGAGGUUACAUCCGUGGUGGAACGACCAGAGACAAUGGAAGCAAAACACUGGACGCAACAGGCUCUUGUCACACAGAUUUCUCAACCGCCAUCUGUCCAAAUGAAUUCCGAUGUACGUGCAAUAUUAGCCCGUGAACGUGCCAGAGUGAAGCAACCAAAACCGGUAAUAUAUUCGUUUUAUUGUUCAAAAUAA